AUGCCACACCGUCAUGACCACACUCUGCAUGAUCGAAGUCAUCAGAACUCGAGCAACCCCGCCUCAGCUCGCACCAGUCGGCAACACACAGGCCGUUCGAGUCGUUCAAGCGCAAAGGAUACGUCGGUGUCGGUUUCGUUCAACGUUGUGCCCGAAGGGGGUAACCGAUGUCUCCUCGAAGAGGGCGCCCUGGCUUGGCACACUUUGGACGCACAAUUGAGGUAUGAGGACGAACAACGACGACGUGAAUCACUGCAGGCGAGCGAGCGGCGGGGUCAUCGCCGCAAGAACAAACGGCACAGUCGACAUGGUCAGGCUCGGGAGAGAGGAUCAUCGCCUGAUGGGCGGAACUACGGGUCAAAGAGCGGCGCAUCUCGCGGGACACAAGCCGGACCGCACUCGAAUACCGUUUCAACGGCUACGAGGACCCUAUCUGCCCCCAGCACCCGCACUGAAGUUGACCCAUCUAUCGCGACAGGACAGCAGUACCUGACAUACGGAUACGAAUCGCCGCAAAAUGCUCAGCCGGAACCUUAUCAGAUGUCCAUCGCUUGGCCUGGGAGUUACGGUCCUCCGCAAACCGCAACAGAGCAGCACGAGGGAGUGCCGAUGUACGACCCCUCCCAGGAUGGAGGCGGCCAGUCCAUGCAGCUGCAGCCAUACUGGCCGGCGGGCGCAAUUCAGGGUGUCGGCGUGCCCAUUGAUGACGGGACCGAGGAGUAUUGGGGCCGGAAAUUCCCUGGUUCUGCCCCUGCGCGUAUGAUUCCGGCUGUGAAUGCGAAUGUGGCUGCCAGUCUGUCUAUAAGAGGAUCUGAUGUAUGA